GAGCACGCAAUCGCCGGCCCCACUCCGGCUUCGCUCCGAUCCCAAAGCUUUCCCCAAAGCUUCCGACUUUUUUCUUUUUUUUUUUCUUCAUUCCUUCGCUGCGCUCGCCACGUGGAAGACACUGUCACUUUGAAUCCUUCAGAUCCCCGUCAAAAUGACAUCCGUGGAGGUAUCAGCGCCAGCGAUGGCUCCGGCAGCGCCGGCGUCCUCGCGGCUCCGAUCCGUCUUCCGAUCGAUCCCAUUCCAGAUCGCCAUCGCCAGCGGUGUUUCGUUUACCGCACCAGGCAUGUGGGAUGCCCUGAACAACCUGGGCGCCGGCGGCGCCGCAGAGCCGUACGCUGUCUCGGCGGCAAAUGCGCUUCUAUAUGGGCUCUUCGCUGUGGUCUGUGUGGCUGCCGGCGCGAUCAACAACCGCAUCGGACUGCGGUAUGGCUUGGCAAUUGGCGCCAUCGGGUAUCCGAUCUAUGGCGCGGGCUUGUAUACGAAUAACUACUCGCCCACCACGUGGUUUUUGCUCUUUGGGAGCGCGCUGUGUGGCAUCUCGGCUGGCUUCUUUUGGGCGGCCGAGGCGGCGAUUAUUAUCGGGUAUCCCAGUCCGAAGGAUCGCGCUUUCUAUCUGGCAAUCUGGCAAACCGCCAAAGCAGCGGGCCCCAUCGUCGGCGGCGCCAUAAACCUGGGCCUCAACGCCCAAAAGUCCACAACGGGCUCCGUCAGCGCGGGGACAUACAUCGUCUUCAUCGUCAUCAUGUGCCUGGGCCUCCCCAUCGCACUCCUCCUCAGCCCCGCGCACAAAGUGCAGCGCAAAGACCGCACCCUCGUCAUGGUCCACAAGCAGCCGACCUGGGCGGCCGAGUUCAAAGCCGCCAUCUCGCUCCUCGCCUCGCGGCGCGUCCUCCUCCUCCUGCCCUCGUUCUUCAUCAGCUACUUUUACAAUGGGUUCCAGAGUACGUGGCUCACGACGUAUUUUACCGUGCGCUCGCGCGCGUUUUCGUCGUUCUUCACGAACUUUGCCGGAAUUGCAUCCUCAUUCCUCAUCGCCGCCCUCUUGGAUCGACAAAGCAUCCACAUCAAAACCCGCGCGCGCAUCGCAUUUUGCUCCAUAAUCCUCGUCCUCGUCGGAACCUGGAUCUGGGCGUCGAUCUUGCAAUACGACUUCUACUACGGCUCCAACCCCUCCCCCGUCUUCGACUGGUUCAAAGGCGGCUUCGGCAAAUCCUACGCGCUCGUCUUCUUCUGGACAUUCGGCGGACAGGCCUUUCAGCAGUUCCUGUACUGGCUCGUGGGCCAGUAUGCGACGGACAUCUCGUCGCUGUCGUACCACUGUGGGAUUCUGCGCGGGUUCGAGGCCCUGGGCCAGACGGUUGCGUGGGCGAUGCAGAGCGAGGGCAAUGCGAACCAUUUUGUGAGCAUCGGGUUGAAUUUUGGGAUCACGGUGCUUUGUGUGGUUCCGACGUGGAUUGUGCUUUCGGAGCUGGAGCAUAGUCAUGAGGUUACGGUUGUAGAGGAGGAUAUUGUCAAGGCCACUGGGGAGAAUACUGCUUGAUCAGGUGGAUUCUGCGGUGGUUGGGUGCGUUUCGUUUGGGGUGUAUAGACUAGACUAUAGAGGGUUUUUAGAGAUGUCAACAGGCUGAGCCUUUGGCUGUACAUUAGAUUCAACACAUACAGGGUAUAUAUAGACCUGAUAGAUAAUAUUAUUAACUAGUAUUUACGACGAUAAUAAGCCCC